AUCUAUUGGCUGUGGCUCCAUAUAACCGGCUUUACUAUCGAACAUGUUAAAACUCUUUACAUCCCGGAUUUGCGACUCGUCGCAGCGCGCACGAGCCGCGGUGGGCGGGGCUAACAAGGACCCAGACAGAGAGGGCGUCAUUACAAACACACCGACUGCUCUCUCAUGUGUCGGUUAUUUGACACCCUUUUCUCCCUGGAACCAUGCCCGGGACGUCGUCACAUCAGCUGUUUGGAGGAAUUCAAACUGCGGCUCAAAUGUUGAAGCGUCGGUGACUUCUUUCUUCAAUGGCUUGAAGAGUCGCUGCGGGAGAUAACGGUACGGGACGUUAGCCGAAUGGUAGCUAACCAGCAACAGGUCGGUUGGUUGGUCAACUAGCAAACAAAACACGGACAUGGAGCGCGCGACCUUUUCACAAUACUCCUGGAUCGAUUUCGCCUUCUCUAUGAUCGGAGUGUGCACCUUUCUGGUGGACUGGGGCUCGGACGUGUGGGUGGCCGCCGAGUUUUACUGCCGCGGGGACCUCGUCUGGUUCGGGGUGCUGGUCGGCCUCAUGGUCCUGUCGUCUGUGGUGGUCCAGUCGUUCAGCUGGUUCUGGUUCAAGUACGACCGAGAGCUGCCGGGGUUCCGCGCGCGGACCGAGGGGGCCUCCGUGUUCUUCGGGGACCGAGUGAAGCUCUCCUGCGUGCUGCAUGUGCUGCAGCUGGGUUUCCUGUGCAGGCACAUCUCCGCCAUACGACAGGGCUUCAGGGUCUGGUGGCGGAAGGAGGGAGGCUCCGAGUACGCCGUUUACCUGACGCACGACCUCAGCAUGCUGCGGCUCAUCGAGACGUUCUGUGAGAGCGCCCCGCAGCUCACCCUGAUGAUCUACGUCAUGCUGCACACGAACAAGGCCCGGACCGUGCAGUUCGUGAGCAUCGCCGCAUCAACCACUUCCAUCGCCUGGAUGGUGGUGGAUUACCACCGCUCCCUGCGCUCCUUCCUCCCGGACAAGGCCAAGCAGGGCUGGUGCUCCUCCCUGAUCUACUUCCUGUGGAACCUGCUGCUGAUCGCCCCGCGCGUGGCCGCCCUCGCCCUCUUUGCCUCGGUGCUGUCCGGCUACGCGGCCGCCCACUUUCUGACGCUGUGGUCCGUCUUCGUGCUGUGGGCCUGGCGCCAGGGGACGGAUUUCAUGGACAGCGUUGCCGGGGAGUGGCUCUACCGGGCCACCGUGGGGCUCAUUUGGUUCUUCAGCUGGUUCAACGUGGCGGAGGGGCAGACCAGAAGCCGGAGCGUCAUUUACCACACCUUCAUCACCACUGACGGGGUGAUCCUGCUGACGACCUGGUGGUGCUACAGGGACCCCGUCCAGACCGAGUCGUACGCCCUCGCUCUGCUCAUCGCCCUACCUCUCAUCUACCUCCUGGGUCUGCUCUUCAAGGCCCUCUAUUACUGCUGCUUCCACCCCAAGCUGUGGAGGCCGCCGGUGAGGGACCCGGGACUUCCCGACGAUCUGCCGGACGCACAGGUGUCGUUCAGAGACUUCUCCAUCCAGGACGGCGCCCCGUCCCCCCAGCUCCUCAACAAGCGGAUGGCCUGCCACGCCGCUCGUUUCUACUCGGAGAAAGGCUUCAUCACAGGCUACGAGGGCACGAAUGGAGCGGAGUCACCACAUUUGUGAUGUCUGGCUUUUUUUGGUGUGUGCGUCACGGACAAAAGUGUACUUACAGAUGAUGUUUAGCUUCUGUGGUUGUGAGAGUCUGUUUCCUGUUUGUGGAGUUACAGGCUCAAAUGCAGCAUUUUAACCAAGACCCGGGCAAUAUGGAUAAAAGUAUUUUCAUAUCAGUACACAUCACUUUUUUUUUUAAUGAAAUAUUCGUAACUAAUUCAGACGCAGUUCAUCACAUUGAUGCAAAUAUACCAUAAACCUGUUUGUUGAAUCAUGCCACGAUGUCUUCAUAUCCCCGUAGAUAUGGAAGGACCUUUCUCUAAACCGGUUAUGAUCUCACUGUAUGCUUUGUCAUAUGUAUCAACUCUACUUGAAACUAGGGCUACUUUGAAAGCUAUUUCAUACAUUUUCUACAAAGCAAAUAGUAUUUUGUUAUCUUUACACAUAAAACUGUACGAGUCGUGGGGGGGGGGGGGGGGGGGACUUUUUCCAGACAUACCACGUAGUUAUAUAUGUUUGUUAAAAAUAAUAUACCAAAUAAUAUUAAUGAAUACAUUUUUAUUUGUAUUCAUCUUAAUUUAUGUUGAUCUUUAAAUUUGAAUGAGCAAAAUUGUAUAUCUAAGGUUUUUCAAAACGUGGUAUCAAAACGUUUGUUUUUAGUUUUUAGUUAUUACAGCUGCUACGACUGGAACCUAUUUGAAGGAUUUUGAAUGUAGCCUCGACCGUAAGGUCUCCUUUUAUAAUGUCUAUGUUCUGUUGUAAAAACAUUCAAUGAAAUGUCUUUAACUACAAUAUUUACCGACAGGUGACAGCUCUGUGUUGCUGUGUGUUGAAAAGUCACGCGCGUCCAGCGUUUACUUUAGUAUCUGUGUACAACCCGCGCUACGCUCAUUAUUCAAGGCAGUUUGUUUUUGCUCUAUUCGCACGUUUUUUCAGGUUUCCUAAAAGUGAAUUCCAAAUGUUUUUCUUUUUUAAAAAAAAUUCUCUCUUUUUUUUAAACCUUUCAGUUUGUUUCUCGUUCAAGGUUCAAAAAGUGUUGCGGAUCCACUUGUUUGUCAACAAACUGCUGCAAGCGAAAGUCAAGGUCACGACUGGCUGUUAAUACUUUACCUCAUUUGCUAUGUGCAAUCAUUAAAGUGGUACAGAAGUUGUAUUC